GGACAGCAGUGUGGCUCAAUAUAGCAUUAGAGUUCUGAAGAGGAAGUGGGUGGAGCAAUAAGUAAUGCAGCAGCAACAAACUGACAACCACAAAGAGAAGUGGCGACCACAGCUGCGGAGAGAACGAAAUAUCUACAAGUGCAACCUAAGAAUAAUAACAAGAUCCAGCAAAGAAACAUGAUAAAGGAACAUUUACUGCUGAGCUUUCAGGUAGAGACAUUCACCCUAAGUGGUUUUAAUUAAUAAUUUGCGCAAAAUAUAUUUGAAGACUUCUUGUUUGAAUGUGCUUUGAAGCAUUGCGACAAUCUUGGUAAAGCUUUCUCCACAUGGCUGAGUGUCGGUGGGGGGAAUCUCCUUAUAUUUCAUCUCUCUGUGUCAAGGAAUUAUGGAAAUACCCUUUUACCAUGAUGAUAUGAUAAAUCUGCAGCUGUACCCAAGUUCUGCUCUUUCAACAGUCAGUAGGAUGAUGAAAAAAGACCUGAAUCUCAAUUUAGCUGAACAAGUGACACCGCAUAUGAAACCUCAUCACCACGACGAGGAGGAUGUACUAAACUCUCCUGACUUAGGCCUACUAAAACUUUCCUCUCCAGAACUAGAGAGGCUGAUUCGUCAAUCAAAUGGCAUGGUAACCACUGCCACAACUAGCAACCAAUUCUUGUACCCUAAAGCAGCUAAUGAUGAACAGGAAUUUGCCGAGGGAUUUGUUAAAGCACUGGAGGAUCUACACAGUCAGAAUCAGCUGGGUAGUGGCAUGAAGAUGAGUUCACUGUCUACUGUUGUCCCCGUACAAUCAUCCAUGCCUUCUAGUGCUCCAGAUUUUGUCAAUUUCAAUGGUUAUAACGGCGAAGGAAUGGGCACCAUGGUUAACUACAAUACAGAAGCCGUUCAUUUCCCACCAAUGCCAUAUGAUAUGGGAAAACACCACCCUCACCUUCUCCAACAUAGGGUGCAUGCUAUGAAGGAAGAGCCUCAGACAGUGCCAGAGAUGGUGAGUUUUGGAGACAGCCCACCCAUGUCCCCAAUAGACAUGGACAACCAAGAGAGGAUUAAGGCUGAGAGAAAGAGGCUGAGGAACAGGGUAGCAGCCUCCAAGUGCAGGAAGAGGAAACUAGAGAGAAUUUCAAGACUGGAGGAGAAGGUAAAGAGCCUUAAGAUACAAAACACAGACUUGGCCUCCACAGCUUGUUUACUAAGGGAACAGGUGGCACAGCUUAAACAGAAAGUCAUGAGUCACGUCAAUGGUGGGUGCCAGCUUCUUCCAAAUCAGGUCCAUGCCUACUGACGUGGAGCCCAAAUCCUUGUGUAAUGGAAAACAACUCCAGUUAAAGGGUGAGGUUGAAACCGA